UUACCCACUACUAGGUGUAGGAGACCUAAUGCCAAUGGUAAUAGGAGAACCUCUCCCGUUUGGCUUGAUUUUAAUCCAUUACCCGAUGAACCAGAACAUACAGCCGCUUGUAAACACUGCCAUAAAAGAUACCGUUGUGAUUCUAAAUUAAAUGGGACGUCCAACAUGUUAGCACACUGUAGAGUCUGCCUUAAGAAACCAGAGAACAUGCUAAAUGACCCUAGGCAAAAAAAUCUUAUAAAUGGGAAGGGUGGUUUUCUAGUUUCAGCUAGCCAAAGGUACAAUGCAAAAGAUUGUAGGGAUGCUGUAACCAACUUUGUUAUCCUUGACGAACAUGCUUUUAGAGUGGUAGAAGGUGAGGGGUUCAAGCAAUUAUGUAAAAAAUUACAACCACUAAUGACCCCUCCUUCAAGGAGAACAGUUGCUCGCGAUUGUUUCAACCUAUAUGUCAAUGAAAAAUUGAAACUGAAGGCAUUUUUCAAAUCUGAUUGUAGAAGGGUAGCCUUAACCACGGACUGUUGGACGUCCAUUCAAAACCUUGGUUACAUGGCCAUCACCACACACUUUGUUGACAAUAGUUGGAACUAUCAAAAAAGAAUAAUUAGUUUCGCCCAAAUACCAAAUCACAAAGGAGAAACCAUUGGUAAGCAAGUUGAGGAGGUUUUGAAGGAGUGGGGGAUUAGAAAUGUGUCUACAAUAACCGUGGACAAUGCUUCUACGAAUGAUGUGGCUGUCUCUUAUUUAAAGAGAAGACUUAAGAACAUGAAUGGCCUAAUGGGUGAAGGGGAUCACUUGCAUAUGAGGUGUGUAGCACACAUAUUGAACUUGGUUGUAAUGGACGGCUUAAAGGAUCAAGAUUUGUCUAUUUCUAGCAUCCGCAAUGCUGUUAGGUUUGUUAGAUCUUCACCACAAAGAGCUUCAAAAUUCAAAGAAUGCAUAGAAAUGUCAAGGAUAACAUGCAAAAAGCACCUUUGUCUUGAUGUUCCCACUAGGUGGAAUUCAUUAUACUUGAUGUUGGAUGCCGCCGUAAAUUUUCAAGAAGCUUUUGAGAAGUUAGAGGGGGAGGAUGUUGGGUAUAAGGAGUGGUUUGGUAGAGCUGGCCCACCUAGUUCUAGUGAUUGGGAAAAGGUUAGAGCUUUUGUUAGUUUUUUAAAAAAUUUCUGUGAUGCUACAAUGAUAUUUUCAUCCUCUCAACAAGUGUCUUUGCAUACCGCAUUUCACAACCUAGCUUCUAUAUUGUGUGAGCUUCAAAAGGCAGCAAUGAACUUGAAUACUGUUGUGGCUUCAAUGGGAGUAUAUAUUGAUGGAACUGUUUCAACCGCUUGUUAAACUUGUUAAUGCUUAAUUAUUGGAUUAAGUUGAGAAGCUAUCAACCUAUGCCCAUGCCAUUAGAGAAGUAGAGAAUGAAGAGUUAUGAAUUAUUAUCUAUGGCAUGUCCCUUUGCAGUUUAUCAUUAAUGGUUGCUGCAAUUUAAGUGGGAUACUGGCUGUUGUAGACUUCUAGGGCUGC